AUGUCAAAACCAAGCACAGGAACAGCCACAGGAAGCCACACGCCAGUCGUCAUAUCGGCUCUACUCUUCGCAGAAACAGACGCAAUCAAUCUCGUCGCACAGCGUAUCAGACCUUCAGACCAUCAGAAUCGAACCACAGGCAAUAUUGAUUCAAUCUGUAACAAGAUUGACCACUGCAACCACACUCACAAACGCAACGGGCUCUUCAUUAGCAACCCUCCUCGGUCAGGAACAUCAAAUCGAAUAACCAGACUCGCUAUCUUGUCACAGACCACAAUCUUCUGCUUUACGGGCCCGGAAGAGAUCCUUCUCUACUCGCACAUCGCGAAUCUCACGACCAGAGGAGCAAAGUUCCCUUUCUCUGAGCCAUAUGCCUUCCGUCUCUAG